AUGGACCCAUCUCCUCCUCCAAACAAUCUCAAACGCAAAGCCUCGUCUGAGCUCCCACCUGAGCCCCUGCGCACUAUCGACACCGAAAACCCCGUCUUUCAACACCUCAAGCAAACCGACGCCAAACAGUUCAGUGAUGAUUACGCCGAAACCACCACCGCACUCAGGAUCUUGCUCAACGGCCGGUUAGAAAACGCAGGCAUGGAUCAAAUCAUACAUUCUUUGAAAAGCCGGCCCGAACUCGCCAAGAUGGAAGGGUCGAAGGCGGUAUUGGCAGAGUGUGGCAUUGAGAUUGACGUGGAGGUUAGAGAGGGGAAGGAAGUUGUGCUCGUGAAACUUCAUGGGGUUGCUAUGUAG